AUGACUGUCGGUUGUAUCGUCGUCCUCUUCCUGCUGCAUCAGUUUAGCAAUUCAACAGCCCAACUCGGUUCAGAGGAUCCUGCUGGAUGGACUGUGACUGACGUUGGAGAACACGGUGUUUUGACCGGAUCGUGUCUGGCAUAUGGAGAACUUCUCCAGUACUUAACUAGACAGGACAAGCUGGAGAGCGAGUUGGAGGGCCUGAAGAACGAGACUCAGCAAUGCUGUGGAGGACAGGGGACAUACAUUUCCCAAGCCAACGCUCUUCAGCAACAACAGUCCAUCGUGGAAGAGCUACAGACAACAGUGGGUGAUCAGGCUAACACCAUUCAGCAACAACAUGCCGCCAUGCAGGAACUACAGGCAGCAAUGUCUGAUCAGAGCAACACUAUUCAGCAACAGGAGACCAAAAUACAACAGAUGCAGACCCUUCUGAGCCAAAUUUCAGAUAAACUGAGCGGUCCCCGUGACUGUAUGGAACUGUUGUCCACUGGACACGAUGUCAGUGAUGUGUACACCAUCUACCCUGAUGGCGAUGGAAAAAGUCCUGUUCACGUCUACUGUGACAUGGACACUGACGGGGGUGGGUGGACUUUGUUCCAAAAGCGUCAAGAUGGUUCAAUCAACUUCUACCGAAACUGGCAGGCGUACAAGACAGGGUUUGGUGACCUGAGGGGAGAGUUCUGGCUAGGUAAUGACAAUCUCCACCGACUGACGGCCCAGGAUGUGUACGAACUGAGGGUGGAUCUGGAGGACUUUGAGGGGAACACGGCCUACGCCAAGUACAACAUCUUCAGGGUGGAGGACGAGGUGCAUAAGUACAGGCUCAGUGUGGACGGAUACAACGGUACUGCAGGUGAUGGCAUGACCGCUCAUCAUGGCAUGUUUUUCUCAACCUGGGACAGGGACAAUGACAAUCACGACACUGCUGACUGUGCCGAGAGGUACAAAGGUGCGUGGUGGUACGAGAAAUGCCACCGUGCAAACCUGAACGGCCUGUACCACGGUGGAGCUCACCAGUCCUUCGCAGACGGUGUCAACUGGUUCCCAUGGAAGGGAUACGAUUAUUCCCUAAAAACCACUGAAAUGAAAAUCAGGCCUAACUAAGCCAAGCAACCAGAAGGUUGACAUAAAGUCCCUUCCCCGGCACUUGUCGAAAUAAAGAGCCAGUACCAUA